AUGCAAACCGGAGCUGCCAGAACUGCUCAAGGGGCAGCGGUUCCACCCACGUUCGCGUUCGAGCCAUUCGACAAAAACAAAACCAAAUGGUCUCGUUGGGUAAAACGAUUGGAAGGCGCUUGCGAAAUCUUUGGUAUACCUGACGACAAGAAGAAGAACAUGUUGCUCCACUACAUGGGAGCGGAAACCUACAACGUCCUUUGCGAUCAUCUUUCUCCUGAGGAACCUGAAGCUAAAACGUAUGCGGAAAUUGUUACAGCACUUGGCGACUAUUUCGACCCGGCACCAUUGGAGAUGGUGGAACUAUGGAAAUUCCGACAGCGGAUGCAACGAGAAGGUGAGUCGAUUGCGGAAUAUAUUACGGCGUUGCAACGAGAGGCGAAAUAUUGCGACUUCGGCGACUAUCUGCCCAAGGGAUUGCGUAACCAACUGGUUUUCGGAUUGAGGAGUGAUCGUACCCGGACUCGCUUGAUCGAGGAGAAGAAUUUGACGUUCGACAAAGCGAAACAAAUUGCGCUCUCCAUGGAAGCCUCGGGAGAAGCGGCAGAAGUACUCAACCGGCAGAUGCAUGAAGUAAACCUGAUGGAGAGGAGGAAGUCUCAACCGAGACGGGGAACUACGACGACACUAGGCAGCAAGGUAACUAACCCUACUAAUCAAUGUUUGUGUUUCCGUUGCGGGAGCGAGACCCACUUGGCAAACAAAUGUGAGCACAUGAACAAAAUCUGUGGACUUUGCCACAAGAAAGGUCACUUAAGGCGAGUGUGUCUGAGCUCCAACAGCGACAAUAAGCAAUCUGUUAAUGCUAACGUAAACAAGAGCAAGAAACACUCCAUGCAUCUUGUUGAAGGUGAAGAUGAGUCGGAGUCGGAUUGCUCAAACGACGAUAUGAUUCAAGUUGUUGAAGUUUGUAACCUGGACAGCGAUGUUAAAGAUUUGUCUAAAAUUUACCUCAAAGUAAUGGUAGGUGAGUCAUUGAUCAAAUUUGAGGUUGAUAGUGGAUCACCAGUAUCUCUGAUUAGCAAUGCUGACAGGACCAAGUAUUUGAAAGACGUACCAUUGCUACCGACUGACAUUGAACUACGAAGCUAUUGUGGUAAUAAAAUUGGGGUUCUGGGUGUUGUUAAUGCGGAGGUUGCUUUUGAGGGUCAAUCGAACCAGAUGCGAUUGUUUGUGGUGGAUGCUGCACGUCGUCCGUUGUUGGGUCGUGAAUGGAUGCGCACCCUACGCCUCGAUUGGAACGAGAUUAUGAGAGGGACGGUUGUAGAUGUUAACAGGAUCUCGUUGCGUACUUCCAUGCCCGGUGCCGUGAAAGGUUUGUUGGAGGAGUUCGCUUCAGUUUUCGAUGAGUCUAUUGGUAAGAUUGAUAAGAUCCACGCUUCUCUGCACCUGAAAUCUGAUUCUAAACCUAUUUUCCUCAAAGCGCGUUCCCUUCCCUUUUCCAUUCGAGACGUGGUAGAGCAGGAGAUCAACAGUUUGGUUGAGAGCGGUGUUUUGGUUAAGGUGAACAGAAGUGAGUGGGCAACACCCAUAGUACCUGUGAUGAAAUCCGAUAACAAAGUUCGGCUCUGUGGUGACUACAAGCUCACUGUUAAUAGAUGUCUACUGGUGGAUGAGUAUCCUUUGCCUACGGUCAAUGAACUGUUCUCGGACAUGGCGGGUGGGGAAAAAUUCACGAAGCUUGAUCUGGCUCAAGCUUAUUUACAGAUGAUGGUUCUUCCGGAGCACCAACCAAUGUUGACGCUUAACACACAUCUGGGACUGUAUCAGCCGACGAGACUCAUGUACGGAGUCGCCUCUGCACCUGCGAUCUACCAGAGGGAAAUUUCGCAGAUUCUUCAAGGGAUCCCUGGAGUGACGGUAUUUUUGGAUGAUGUGAAAAUCACGGGCCCUGACGACGAAACCCAUCUCUCUAGGUUGCGAGAAGUAUUGAAGAGGUUCCAUGAAUACAACAUACGUGUAAAUGUGGACAAAUGCGAAUUCUUUGCUGACAGCAUAGAAUAUUGCGGGUACAUUGUCGAUCGCCAGGGGAUACACAAGAUGCCACAGAAAGUUGACGCAAUUCAAAGGAUGCCGCGUCCAGAGAACAGAGACCAGGUGCGAGCUUUCAUGGGACUUGUAAACUACUAUGGCAGGUUUAUCAACGACCUGAGCACAAAACUGUAUCCCCUCAACAGUUUGCUGAAAGAGAAGAUGCCGUUUGCGUGGAAUGAAAGCUGUGAAAAGGCGUUCAAAUGGAUUAAGGCAGAAAUGCAAUCUGAUCGAGUAUUGGCGCACUACGAUUCUAGUGUUCCUCUGGUUUUAGCUACCGAUGCUUCGCCUUACGGAGUUGGAGCUGUGUUGAGCCACAUUUACCCUGAUGGCACGGAGCGACCCAUUCAGUAUGCUUCACAGACAUUGAACACUACUCAACAGAACUACACUCAGAUUGACAAGGAGGCUUAUGCUAUAAUUUUCGGUGUGCGAAAGUUUUACCAGUACCUAUUUGGCCGGAAAUUCACGUUGGUCACGGAUAACAAACCGGUGGUGCAAAUCUUUUCGCCGAACAAAGGACUUCCGACGAUGUCAGCGCUACGCAUGCAACAUUAUGCUGUGUUUUUGGAGUCUUUUGAUUUCGAUAUACGUUAUCGGACUUCUAAAGAUCAUGGUAAUGCGGAUGGAAUGUCACGACUGCCAAUUGGUGAUUCUGGGAACCGGAAACAAGUGGAAGAAAUCGACAUCGUGCAAAUCAAUCAAAUUGAAACGUUGCCAGUUACUGUGCAAGAGCUCGAGGAAUACACAGUUCAGGACAAAAACGUUAAGGAACUGAUUCAAGGUCUCAGAUCCGGUCGAGCGGUCGACGGUUGCUACAGGUUUGGAGUUAACCAGAACGAUUUUACGAUGCAAGGUUCAUGUUUGAUGAGGGGAAUCCGUGUGUACAUUCCACCACCUCUUCGUGGUCGCGUUCUCGACGAAUUGCAUUCUGGGCAUUUUGGAGUUUCCCGUAUGAAGUCUCUUGCGCGAUCCUACUGCUGGUGGGAGAAUAUAGACCGGGCCAUCGAAGAUUUAGCCAAAAAUUGUGUUGACUGUGCACGCACUAGAGCUGAUCCACCGAAGGUAGCAGUACACUGCUGGGAGCGACCCGUUGAACCGUUUCAAAGGGUACAUGCUGACUUUGCAGGACCGUUCCUAGGGCUAUACUUUUUGAUUAUGGUUGACGCUCACAGCAAGUGGCCGGAGGUUAAAGUGGUACCAGACAUAACGACUGAAACAACCAUCAGAACAAUGCGCGAAUUUUUCGCAAAUUUCGGAUUACCGUCGGUUUUGGUUACGGACAGAGGAACCCAGUUCACAUCUGAACAUUUUCAGCGUUUUCUCAAGAAUAAUGGCAUCAUUCAUAAGAUGGGAGCACCGUACCAUCCCGCCACCAACGGCCAAGCGGAGCGGUACGUACAAACGUUUAAGGAUAAACUCAAAGCACUCAACUGCCCACGUUCCGAGGUACAUGCGGCGCUUCAAAAGAUCUUGAUGACCUACAGAGUUACCGUCCAUCCAGCUACCGGACAGAGUCCAUCAAUGAUGGUAUUUGGGCGUCAGAUCAAAUCUAGAGUUGAUUUAAUGGUUCCGAAAAUAGGCGUCCAGAAUUCUCCUCGUGGGGAAGAUACUACGGUACGUUCAUUCUCCGUAAAUGACAGGGUGGCUGCCCGCGAUUUUCUCUCUAACGAAAGAUGGAGAUUUGGUGUGGUAGCUGAACGGAUUGGGAAGCUUCAUUACAUGGUUGAACUAGAUGAUGGUAGAAUGUGGAAACGCCACAUUGAUCAGCUGAGACCCGGAGCCAUAAAUCGACAGGAUCCCAUGACACGUGGCCCAGUGAUAAACAGCAGUCAACCCGAGCGCACCGUGGGCGUGAUCGCCGAUCAGGAAGCCAACUCGACGAGGACCGUGUUCGCGUCGUAG